AUGAUGUCUCGAGCUCAGUGUGGCCGACUUCUUCACUUCUUCUCUUCACCUCGUCAGACGGGUUCUUCUCUCGAUUUGAAAACUUUUUUGGCAGCAUCGGCCCUGGGCGUGGCUCUCAAACUGAACUCAGCUUUCCACAAUAAUGUUACCUCAUCAUUUAACACGGGGGCAGUUACUUUUCACGCAGGAUCAUGCAGAUGUGUGUCGAAGCGUCAGUGUUUUGCGCCCGCCGCCCUCUACUGUCCGUUUGGGGAACAGGCGGCCGGGGUUCGCUCCCUCACACAGUUCCAGGCUCUUCAGGACGGGGAGCAGGAGCUGAGCGCGCUGAGGGACCUGGGCCUCACGCACGACGAGAUCCAACUGUGGAGGAGCAGAGACCACGAGACGGACAAGUCCCGCGGCGGCGUGCUCGUGGACCCCGGCGCCCGACAGCAGCGUCUGGAGCAGAUCCGGGAGAAGAUGGCGGCGCGUUCGGAGCUCCUGUCCCGCCCCCAGCGCUUCAACAGCAGCCGAGCCCUGACGCGCAGAGAGAUGGAGAUCGAGCGGGCGCUGUACCAGGGCAACGAGCGCCAGGGCUUCCUCUCUGCCCUCUACCACAGGGAUGUUACAGAUCCUGACCAGCAGGUGUCGACAUCGAGCCGCUCCAUCGACUCCGUUUACAGGGAGGUUCUGGAAGAAGAUCGAUUAUCAACUUUGAAACGAAACAAAAACGAAGAAAAACUGAAGGAACAAACUGAAACAGAAACCGACCAAUCACGAACUCCGGAGCAAUCACAAACCGAGCGAAUCGACCAAUCAGAGGAGCCCGAGCCCAGAGAUGGCCAAUCAGAAGAGUCCAGACGAGAAGAACCGCUCCAGUCGGCUCCGGUGACGUCGAUCGAUCUGAAACAGCCCAUCAGCAGCCUCCGAGCGGCGUCGCACGUCCCCGUCACGGUCAGAGGCGACGUGGAGGUGAUUUCAGAAGAAGAUAUUUUAUCGACCAGAGAUUCAGACGAAACGAUACGGAACAUUCCAAGAUUUAAGAAUUACCAACCGGGAAAACCGUCCAAGGUGCUGUGUGUGAAGAACUUGUCUGCACAGGCGACCGUGGCCCAGCUGGUGGCGCUGUUCUCCAGGUUUGAGCAGAGCGGAGGAGGAGGAGGCGUCGUUUACAAACUGCUCACGGGACGAUUAAAGGGACAGGCCUUCAUCACUCUGCCCGACGUUGAAGCGGCACAAAAAGCCCUCGAGUUGAUCCACGGAUACCGGUUGCUGGGGAAACCGCUGGUCGUGGAGUUUGGGCGAGAGAAACACGACUCGACUCAACUGCAGAAUCACGAAAGAGACUGAAAAUAUCAACACAAACGGACUUUUUAUUAAACUGUAAAUGUGGAAAACACUUUUUAUUUAACAGCUUUUAUAUUUAUAUUGAUUUAAGUUGUUUUGACUUGGCUUAUAUUACGCAGAAAUGACUCUUUUGAGCUUUAAAGGUGCACUAUGUAACUUUUCACCUUCUCUGUUCUAUGUUUAUAUCAUUGCUCUGCCCGGAAUGUUCCACAGUGUGACAUUAAACAGCUCUACUUUA